AUGGCGGAGAGGCGGCCAAUCUACAGGGAGCCCGGCAAGCCCCGGCGGCCGCCGCGCUCUCAGGGCAGUGGAAAAUUUUCAGUUCCGUUGUGGGAAAAGAAAUUUUGCACUGAUGCUUGUGCUAUCCCCUGGGCUAAACUGUGUGAGACCAAGAGAUUGAUGUCUCUGUACAAAAGUGUGGUUGAUUGGGAUGACUCAGCUGCAUUAGAAGCCUUCAAUGAGGCAAAGGCGCGCUUCUGUGCUGUAUAUCAUGGUCAACAUUAUGAUAUCCCUUUGCCUGACCCAAGCAUGUUUAUCGAUAUAAUCAACCCAGAUGAAUAUGUUGAUCCUGAAUUGGUGUCUGAUCUGGAGAAAUCACGUCGUCGUGUUCCCAGAAAAGAUAAUGGUGUUCCUGAUGUCUGGGACUCUUUUAUUUUCUCUGACAAGCCAGUUCCAGUUACAGGAUGGGGUGACACGGAGACCAGCUUCACUCAUGGCCAGCAGCUCUCUGCAAACUGGGACAAUCAGUUAAAACACUCAGUUGAAGCAAAUAAGCUGAUGUUGGCAAAUUGGGAUUAUUCUGUCAAGCAACCUGCUCAAACAAUUGAUCAGCAAAACUCAGGGAACUGGGAAGUGUAUGAGGAACAGCAGGAUCAAACCAGCAGCUGGGGGGAGCAGACGAAUCCUUGCAUUACCAACUGGAUCAUGAGGGAUGGCUCCCAAGGUGCUUGGAAGCAUGAUUACAGCUGGGCUCCUGCAGCUAUUCAGACUGAUCCAUGGGACAACCAUCAAGGUAGCUAUGAGGUGCCUGACAGCCAGGGUGUGUCAUAUGGACACUGGACUCACUGGAGAAGGCGAAACAAUGACUUGGGUAGAAGAAACACCAGGAAUAGAGGAGGCCCCAUCAGCUCAAAGCCAAUGAAAUCAAAGUACCAAACGGAUGAACACAAUGGUGCAAACAAUGGUUGGAGGAACUGCCGAGUAAGGAAUGAUAUGCAUUAUUACUCCUAUGAGCAAGCUGAUUAUACCAAGCAGUCACUAGCUAUGUGA